GUUGCCUCUAUAAAAUCAUCUUACGCUUAAGGUAUUGUAGCAUUCCUUGCUCGUAGUCGCACGUGACUAAUAAAUAAUCAAACCUUAACAUUUAUUACUGUUUACGUUUAGUUUCCGUGAUAUAUAAUAUAAGAUAAAAUGGCUUACCUACAAUCAAAACCAAAAUCUGAAACCAUCGAACUUCGAGAAAAAUACAUCGGAUCCGCCUGCCAGCUGUUUUUCCGUUCAUCCCCGUUAAAAAUUGUUCGCGGGAUCGCCCAGUUCAUGUAUGACGAAACGGGCGAGAGAUAUCUCGAUUGCAUCAAUAACGUUGCACACGUGGGACAUUGCCAUCCACAUGUGGUAGAAGCUGGAAGAAACCAAAUGUCUUUGAUAUCCACAAAUAACAGAUAUCUCCACGAUGAAAUUGUGAUCCUAGCUGAAAGGCUUGUAAAAACUAUGCCCGGCUCAUUGUCUGUGUGCUUCUUCGUUAAUUCGGGUUCCGAGGCUAAUGACUUGGCACUAAGGCUAGCAAAAGUUCACACUAAGAAGAAGGAUGUUGUUACACUUGACCACGCGUAUCAUGGGCACCUUACUUCCAUGAUUGAUGUCUCUCCUUACAAACUGAACCUACCAGGAGGGCCAGAGAAGCCAGAGUGGGUUCACGUGGCCCCGGUCCCGGAUAUAUACAGGGGAAAGUACACGUACCCCAAUGAUUCACAAUCCGAAGAAGAAUUAGGAAAAUUAUAUGCUGAUGAAGUCGGAAAGCUUUGUAAAGAAGCAACUAAGAAAAACGGAGGUGUCUGUGCCUUUAUUGCUGAGAGCCUGCAAAGUUGUGGCGGACAAAUAUUCCCCCCCGAUGGUUAUUUGAAACGAGCUUACGAGCAUGUCCGUGAAGCCGGUGGUGUGUGCAUAGCGGACGAAGUACAAGUAGGUUUCGGUCGUGUGGGCACGCACAUGUGGGCAUUCGAGACGCAGGACGUGAUCCCUGAUAUCGUGACAAUGGGCAAGCCUAUGGGAAACGGCCAUCCAGUCGCUGCGGUUAUCACAACUCAGGAAAUUGCGAAAAGCUUCGCCGAUACCGGGGUGGAAUAUUUUAAUACGUACGGAGGUAACCCCGUUUCCUGCGCCAUAGCGAACGCAGUGCUCGACGUCAUAGAAGAGGAGCGUCUAAUGGAGCGAGCCUUCCGCGUCGGCAACCACUUACUAGCAAGAUGCCAAGAGCUCAAACACAAGCACUACAUGGUUGGCGAUGUGCGGGGGAGAGGCCUUUUUGUGGGAGUCGAGCUGGUGACUGAUAGAGACGCAAGGACACCCGCUACAGCUGAAGCUAAACAUAUAGUCAACAGAAUGCGGGAAGAAAAAAUUCUAAUCAGUCGAGAUGGACCUGACGCUAAUGUGCUAAAAUUCAAACCACCAAUGGUAUUCACAACACAAGAUGCUGACAGGCUAGUAGAUACGUUAGACAGAGUUCUCUCAGAACUUGAUGAACAAUGGAGGUCUCCAAUUAGAAAUAUUAAACUUGAGGUCCGCGUCACCCAAAUUAGUGAUGGUGUGGAGUCCAGUGAUACAGCUUUAAAAAAUAGUAUACAGCAAAGCUUAAAAGCAUUGUAAAAUAAAGUAAUCUCAUCUAAUAUUAAAUAAGAUUGUAUAUAUAGUUAAGAUUAGUAUAAGACUUAUUUGUAAAUCUUUACAUGUACUUAAGUAUUAAAUGAAACUUAUUAAUUUUCAAAA